CACAGCGGCGAGGACGCCGAGGCCGUGGAGAAAAACGCUUCUGGCUCGCCUCAGCUCUCGCGCGCCAUGGCGACCCCGGCCGAGCAGCCUCCUCAUCCCGGCGGCGGGAAGCGCAAGGGCAAAGCUCAGUACGUGCAGCCCAAGCGGGCUCGGCGCUGCGAUGGCGUCGGGACCCGGCAGCUGGAGCCCGGGCUCCAGGGCAUUCUCAUCACCUGCAAUAUGAACGAGCGCAAGUGCGUGGAGGAGGCCUACAGCCUGCUCAACGAAUACGGCGACGACAUGUACGGCCCGGAAAAGUUUACAGAUAUUGAUCAGCAGCCCUCUGGAAGUAAGGAAGAAGAUGAUGAUGUGGAGAGUGCCUUGAAGAAAGAAGUUGGGGACAUUAAGGCAUCUACCGAAAUGAGGCUAAGAAGAUUCCAGUCAUUGGAGAGCGGCGCGAAUAAUGUAGUCUUCAUCAAGACGCUUGGGAUAGAGCCUGAGAAAUUGGUACAUCAUAUUCUCCAGGAUAUGCACAAGACCAAGAAGAAGAAGACUCGGGUUAUUCUACGAAUGUUACCCAUCUCAGGCACAUGCAAGGCUUUCUUAGAAGAUAUGAAAAAAUAUGCAGAAACAUUUUUGGAACCCUGGUUUAAAGCUCCAAACAAAGGGACAUUUCAGAUUGUAUACAAAUCUCGAAAUAACAGUCACUUGAAUAGAGAAGAAGUUAUCAAAGAAUUGGCAGGAAUAGUAGGCAGCCUCAAUUCAGAAAAUAAAGUGGAUCUUACCAAUCCACAAUACACAGUGGUAGUAGAAAUCAUUAAAGCUGUCUGUUGCCUGAGUGUUUUGAAAGAUUACAUGUUGUUCAGAAAAUACAAUCUCCAGGAAGUGGUAAAGAGUGCUAAGGAUUCAUCACAGCUUAACCCAAAGCAGACAGCACAAACUAGAAAUGGGAAAGAAGCCAAAUUGGAAUCUGAUGACAAAUUAAAUCAGAAUGACAUAGCAGAAGAAAAAAAUAACCAGCAGAUGGUACCAGAGAAUAAUGAGAAGCUGGGGCAGACAAAACCAGCGUCUGAGACAUAGGUGGUGAAUGAGGGAGGAGCUAAACCUGAACUUGGAUGUAAAGUCGUAGGAGAAUCCAAGUCAAAUGAAAAUGACCUCUCAUAGGAAACAAGUCAUUUGGUGUUGGUUUCUUCACUGGGAUUCUUCGAGAUGUGGCCGAGAUUCUCUAUAAAAUUGUGACAAUGAUUAUUUUUGAAUUCUGUGUGCUGCACAAUGCUGUCUUCACAGUAGUGAGCAAUGUCCGAGAGGCCCUGGUAAGUUUUGUUAGCAAUCUUUCAGCCCUGUAUGACCGUAUGUGGGCAGUAGGCCCAUAUGCACUGGUUGCACUAGGAGAAGCUGGUUGUAGUUGUGAACACGGGAUGGCUUGGAGGAGGAGGGGUCCUCUCCCUUACACACACCCCCUGCGCCCCCCCUUCCCUUCUGCACUGCCAGCUGACUCAUGGGAACAAGUGAGCUCUAUGAAACACACUCGAAGGAAAAUUUAUAUUCUAAGGAAGAAAUUUUUACCUGUCACAAUUCAGCUGUCCCCUGCCGCUUUGUAAUCAUGACAAAAACUUGGUCCUGUAGUUGAAAGUGAAUUUUUUGUGAUAUUUUUGUACUUUCUGUGAUUUUCUUGUUUUUAUAUUAUGCCCAUUUUAGUUACAUUUAUUAACAUUGGCUUGGUACAACAAAUCUUAUGUUCCAGGGCUCCAAUUUUUAAAGGUACGGUGUGAGAUAAAAGAGGACUAUUCUAGGCAUAGACUUACAGGCAUUUGAUGAGGUUAGUACUGAAGAAUUAGAAUUUUCAGUUACUUCAGGAUACGCAUGCACAAAGGGGCACACUCUCUUCACAAUGGAAGCCACUUCUCAGUGGUCUGCUGUGGACUCAUCAUUCAAGCUGUGUUACACCAUUGUGCAUUGUUUGUGAAGUGUGACUGACAAACAGUGUUUGCUCCAACAGAUGUAAUUAAAUCAUAGCCAUUUGAUAAGUGAAGGUGUUGAUUAUUUUAAAUGACUUGGAAUAGCAAAAAAAUUGUUUUUAAGUCACAGUGAAAAGCCUUAAGAAGUAAAUUAUUUAGUAGCAGAACUUAGUCCAGAAGGGAAAACUCACAGAGUUGGCAAGAGUCUAAUAGUACUAAUAUUAGAAUGCAGCCCAAGAAGUUGAAAACUUUAUUCUCAGUUAAAUUAAUAGACUUACUAUAGUGUUUCACUGUGCUAACAAAGUUUUGUGUCAUUAAUGGAAAAGCAGCAGCUUCUCUUUGUGGUUUGACAGGUCAACAGAUUUCACAAAUAUUUGUCAAACUAGCAUUUGUGAGGUAGUAAAUGAUGACAUUCAAGAAAACUUUCUCUGCUGCUUGGUGCCUCCCAGUAUAGCCAGUAUAAAUUUUAAUGACUUUUCUUACCUGAAAUCCAAAACGUUCUUUCUGUCAUCCAUACUCCUGCCUAUCAGUCAGGGGUUGACUGACAAGUGUUGCCUUUGUUUAAUGAAAGAAAAUCCCACUGUUGACAUUAAAGCCACUUUUUUCAUAGAGGUGCUGAUUAAAAAAACAAAACUUGGAGAUGAAGAAAGUUCUGAUAAUGCUACAAAAUUGGUUAACUUUACUAAAGGCCUGUUUAUGCAAGUAUAUUAAAAAAAAAAAACAAACCAAAAAAAAAUACCUGAACAAAGAUCACAUAAAUCUGCUACGUGCAGAAAUCCAGUGGCUUAUCAGAGAGAGUGCUCAGCAGGACACUUGAGUGGACAGGUGAAUUCCCAGAGAACUUAAGAGAGAAUGCGGGGCCAGGUUUCUGAAUGCUUUGGAGAUGAUGACUAGCUACAGAAACACAACAAAGCAAAAAUGAACAAUUAUAAAUCAGAGACAUCCGGCAGGGGAGGAGGCCGAACAGGGAUCGGAGGGAGGGAGGGAGGAGCACAGGGGACUGAGGGGCUGGUGCACGGGUGCAUUGGAGAAGGAAACUGUGGGGACUACACCUGAGGGGGUGGGGGGAAGCAAACAUUAUUAAAAAAUGAACAAUGAUGUAAAAAUAUAAACAAAAGAAAAUAGCCUAUUUAGAUGAACAAAUGCACAUGUUUUUGCAAGGUCAUAGAGAACUUGUCUUUUCUUAAAAGUAAUGGGAUUCUUAGAUUUUAAACUGGUUUGGCAAAUGUUUCCGCAGACACUUGGGCUUAAGAAGGAAGGGCAGCAACAAAUCUCAAGACUUAAGUCCUCCUUUAAGAACCACAAAACCAAAUUAAAUAGAAUUUUGCCAAUACUAAUGUAUGACUAUGAGGAGCCCUUUAAAUCUCAGGCUGGGAUUUUUGUCUUGAGAAAAAGAAUCCUGAGUCUGACAGUUCUGGAUUUCUGUGGAACAAAAGUAACCUUCGAAUUAGUGCUCUCAUACUUUGAGGGUUCCCUUCUUUGGAAAGUUUUCUCAGUGCUUCCUCCAGGCUAAAAAUAAAGCUAGAAGAGACAGACACCAAAGAGGGCUACUAAAUAAGGUGUCCAGAUUGAGGGUAUUAAGAUGUGAAAUUAACUUUUGGAGAUAGAUUCACUCUUAGAUUUAAAAGGUUUGGGAGCAUUCUAAAUGUUAACUCUUCUGUGCCAAUGGUUGCAUUUAUUGAAUGGCUAGUGAACAUGAAAACAUAUUAUCUGAGCUAUUGGUUCUGCUCGAAGCAGACUAGGAUUUUGGCGGGAGGGAGCGCAGAGAAAAGUCAGGGCUUUGCAAAUGUAAAUGAGGCUAGAACUUCCCUUGUAUAUCUUUAAAUAUUUAGGAUGUUAAUAGUUGAAAUCAUUUUGAAAGGAUAAUAAAAGUAUUGUUAGUAUAUUGAGGGGAACAUGGAAGAUAGUAUUUUGGUGCCUUCAUCAGACAUGCUGCGACACUUAGUGCAAAACUUUGGGACUCGGCGUAAUAUUGGCCACAUGCCUACAGGACAGCUAAGCAGCUCUGCUCAGCUGAUUUCCUUUUUCUCUUUGAAAGCUGCUACUCGACAGAAAGAUUUUGAUUUUGUGCUUUGUUUUACCUCCUUUGUAUAUUUGUAUGUGGUAAGGCCUGGCUAGGGCCAAAGCUAUUCCCUAUUUCUAUAGUGCUGUGUUCUUUUGAAAGAUUUGAAAUUGAAAGAUUUGUUUCCAGGUUUAUCACUUGUUUCACUGACGUUUGAACAUGUUAUUUUAUAAAGGAGCUUCGGGGUGGGGAGUGAGUAUUUUUUCUCCCUUCAGUUUUUAUUUAAAAUGAGUCAGUUAAAACUCCAGUGUUGUGGUUUAGUAAACCUGUUUUGCUUUGUAGAGGAAAGAGUGUAAACCUUUGUAUGUUAAGGUUAAACAUGAUUUCUAGACAUUAUUUGUAUUUUGCUUUUGGUAUGGCCAGAUAUUCAGCUUGUUCUUCUAUUUUCAGAAAAUAAUAAUAAAUUUGUUCGUUAAAUGUUGGUGUCUCCACUUUUUAUUUUGC